GUAGACAAUUACUUCCCCCUGUGACGCAGAGUGAGCUCAGGUCACGGAGUGUGUACAGUAUGUGUGCGUGCGUGCAUGUGUUUGUGAGGGGGCUGUGACUACCCUAUGAAAAAAGGGCAGCCACAAGAGGACUUAAAUAGAGCAACAGGAGGAUGAGAUGACCACUUGUAUCCGAUGUGGAUCUGCAGGAUGUAUCUGAAGAGAACUGUUCUGUAGCUAUUGUCCCAGGGAACGUGGAGAGCUAUGCCACUAUUCAACCCCUUGGUGUGGGUGCGGGAGUGGCUGCGACAGAGCAGAGGCUCCUCCAGACUGGUGCUGGUGGUCGUGUGUGUUGCCCUGCUACUGGAUAACAUGCUGCUUACUGUUGUCGUGCCCAUCAUCCCAACGUUUUUAUAUGCCCUUGACCACCCGACACAAGACCCCUUCAUCCAGCCAAGCACACAGAGGCCAUCUGAGGAGGGCUUCACAUUGGCCUCAGUCCACUCCUUCUACGACAACACUUCCUACAGUCUCAGAGGCUCUGAGAGCAACCUGUCUGAGGCCCUCCUCUUCAACAUCUCCAGAAACUCCAGCCAGGUGAAAGGCAGCACAUGCCAGGAGGACAGUGCCUUCUUGGACAAGGAGAAUGUUCGUGUGGGACUCCUCUUUGCCUCCAAGGCUCUGGUGCAGCUUCUAGUCAACCCCUUCGUGGGUCCCCUGACCAACAGGGUUGGAUAUCACAUACCAAUGUUUGCUGGCUUCAUCAUCAUGUUUGUUUCAACAAUAAUGUUUGCCUUUUCAGGUACAUACGCCUUGUUGUUUUUUGCUCGCUCUCUUCAGGGAAUUGGUUCCUCUUUCUCCUCUGUGGCAGGGCUGGGAAUGUUGGCCAGUGUGUACACAAAUGAUGAGGAGAGAGGCGUAGCCAUGGGGAUCGCUCUGGGUGGAUUGGCCAUGGGAGUCCUCAUUGGAGCGCCAUUUGGCAGUGUGAUGUAUGAAUUUGUGGGGAAGACUGCUCCUUUCUUAAUCUUGGCUUUCCUUGCAGUAUUUGAUGGAGUGUUACAACUUCUUAUACUUCAGCCAUCAAAGAUUUCACCAGGAAAUGUGGAGGGCACUCCUUUGCUGACCCUACUGAAGGACCCCUACAUUCUCAUAAGCGCAGGCUCUCUGUGCUUCGCCAACAUGGGAGUUGCCAUUCUGGAGCCCACACUUCCCAUCUGGAUGAUGCAGACCAUGUGCUCUCCUAAAUGGCAGCUUGGUAUGGCUUUCCUACCAGCAAGCAUUUCUUACCUUAUUGGCACCAAUUUAUUUGGUUUGUUGGCUAACAAAAUGGGAAGGUGGCUGUGCUCCAUGAUUGGGAUGUUUAUUGUUGGCAUCAGCCUCCUUUGCGUUCCUUUUGCAAAGAACAUCUAUGGUCUUAUUGGUCCAAAUGCAGGCCUGGGGUUUGCUAUUGGAAUGGUGGACUCCUCUAUGAUGGCCAUAAUGGGAUACCUGGUGGAUAUUCGCCAUGCCUCGGUCUAUGGCAGUGUUUACGCCAUAGCUGAUGUCGCAUUGUGCAUGGGUUUUGCCAUUGGUCCUUCGAUAGGGGGCUCCUUGGUCAGGGCCAUUGGAUUUCCUUACCUCAUGGUAUUCAUUGGCAUCAUCAACAUCUUCUAUGCUCCACUGUGCUUCUUCCUGCGUAAUCCUGCCAUCAGGGAGGAGAAGAUGGCCAUCAUAGACCAGGAAUGCCCUCUGCACAGGAAGAGCUACAACACACAGAAGGAGUGUCGAGAGUUCCCUUUGAGUGACGAGAGCGAGGAGGAAACGGAGGAGUAACAUUCUCCUUGUCAACCCAACACACACAUUUUUUUUUUUACAGUGAAAGAGCAGAGGCAUUGUUCAUAAUGCCUUUGAAUUGACAUGAUGUCUAGAAAAGGCAUUUUGUUAGCACUUAUCUGUAUUCAAAGUUUCCUAAUGACCUCUGUGCUUAGUUUAUUGCUGGAAAUAACAAACAAUGGCACCUGUGUUUUUAAUAUGGUAUGUAUAGGGACAGUAGUGUUUGCAUUUUAUUGUGUGUGUGUGUGUGUGUGUGUGUGUGUGUGUGUGUGUGUGUGUGUGUGUGUGUGUGUGUGUGUGUGUGUGUGUGUGUGUGUGUGUGUGUGUGUGUGUGUGUGUGUGUGUGAGUUAUGUUAAUAAUUUCGCUUAAUGUACUAAGAGGUGAAAGGAACACUUGUGCAGGCUCAACAAACAUUAAAACCUACUAUAAGCUUGAAAAUGACGUCUUUACAUACAUUUGGCAUUUGAUUGUAGCUACGUUUAUGUUCAUUUGUUGAGCCUACCAUAUGAAUCAGUAGCUUUCAAUGUUUGAAAUAUGAACGUCAAGAUAUGUUCAGUGUAUCCGGAUAACUAAUUGGUUUAGAUCUAGAAUAAUGCUUAUUCCUAGGCCUAUUCCUAAUUGCUGAAUAUAACCUAUCCACGAUCAUGAAAGCGGAUUAUUUCAUUCACAUCGCUCGACAAGAGAACAAUGCUUGUUCAGAGCUCAUAAAAGCUCAGAGCUUUUAGUUCAAAUGCUGUAACAUGUAAUAUCCUCUCUUCUAGUGUGUCUCCCUGCAUCAGCCAAUCGGCUGCUGUCUGGUAUAGUGCAAGAGCUAUCUCGCCUCACCUUUAAUUUCCUCUUUGGCUGUAGCAAGGCUCUGUCUCUGUCCCAAACGGCACCCUAUUCACUAUGUAGUGCACUACUUUGACCAGGACCCAUAGGGCUCUUGUCUAAAGUAGUGCACUAUAUUGGGAAUAGCCUAGGGUGCCAUUGGGACACAACCUCUGUGUUGGGUUGGUUUACUUCUAACCAAGGAGUGGAAAUUAUGAACACAAAGAGGCAAAGAUGAGAUAAAGAGAGCAAGACUGGCAUCAUUGUGGCUCAAAUGCCUCAAAUCUUCUUGGCCCACAUAAAUAACAUAUUGCCACUACAAGCGCAUGUGAUGCGAAGCAAAUUGUCAAAGCCAAAGUAUAUAUUUGAUUGCACGUUAUAAAUGCUAAACGAAGUCUUAUUAAAUGUAUCUGGAAAACAAAAUAAAAAGUAAAGUACAAUGGGUCAAGUGGAACAUUCCAGCUUUAUACUGAAGUUUGAAUAAAGGAAAGUUUCACCAGAAGACUCAAGUGAGAGGCUA